CAAAUCUCUCUAAAGUCUUAAGGGGUGUGGCUCUUACAAUUAAUCAUUUCUGAUGAGGCUAGCUAGUUCCUUUCAAUCUAAAAAAAAUCAGUCCUACUUCCUACUUCUCUUGAUAUAUAUAUCCCUUCAAAACCAACCGAAACCCUAAUCGAAAAAUUAGAAUGACAAGUCGUCAAGAAAUCCUCUUAGUCUCGCGUUUGCAUGAUGAGGCUAGAGGCGAUGAUGAUGAUGAUGAUGAUGAUGAUGAUGAUGAUAAUACUUGGGAAGAAGAUGAAUUUGAAGAAGAAGAAGAAGAAGACGAUGAUAUAUUAUUCGGAGAAACAAAUUAUUUUGUUGAAGGUGGAAAAGAGGAAUCAACAAUAAGUUGGAGCAAUUUUAGGGGAAUCCUUCAGAAUCUAUGUGGUGGGAAAGGGGAAGGACGAGGACAAAGACAAAGACAAGGACGUGGAAUAUUGUUUGGGAUUGGGGGUGUUCUGGACCCAAGGGCAACAUGGGUGCAAGAGUGGAACAAAAUAUUCCUUCUUGUCUGUGUUACUGGUCUUUUUGUAGACCCUCUAUUCGUCUAUGCACUCUCGAUUACUGAGGCAUAUCUUUGUGUCUUUGUUGAUGGGUGGUUUGCGAUCAUGGUUACUGUGUUGAGGUGCAUGACCGAUGUGUUGCACGUAUGGAAUAUGUGGCUUCAGUUCAAGAUGGCCAAGCACCCGCCUUAUAAGGAUGACAAUGGAGGUGCUAGUAGGGUUCUUGGUCAUAAGACUUUUGCUACUAAAGUGGCUUUCGGAUAUUUUAAGGCUAGAAAUGGCUUCUUCUUUGAUCUCUACGUCAUCCUUCCUUUACCCCAGAUAGUAUUGUGGGUGGUAAUCCCAUUUAUGCUAAGAAGAGGAUCAACAAAUGGAGUAAUUACAGUGUUGUUAAUAAUGUUUGUGUUCCAGUACCUUCCAAAGAUCUAUCACUCAGUUUGCCUCCUCCGUCGAAUGCAAAAGUACUCAGGCUAUGUUUUCGGUACUGUCUGGUGGGGUUUUGCCCUCAACAUUAUUGUCUAUUUUGUCGCGUCUCAUGCAGCAGGAGCAUGUUGGUACUUGCUAGGGAUACAAAGGGUAACCGAGUGUUUAAAAAAGCAAUGCAGUCAAAUGCAGGGUUGCAGUUCCAGAUUGUUAUCCUCACAACAACCUAUCUAUUACGGUGGUAACUUUUUCAUCAAAGGUCACGACCGCCAUUUUUGGGCUUCCAAUACACCAGCAAGGACUAAUUGCUUGAAGACUUACGAUAACUAUGAAUAUGGAGCUUACAAAUGGGUCAUUUAUCUUGUUAGCAAUAACAAUCGCUUCGAAAAGAUACUUAUGCCCAUUUUUUGGGGGCUUAUGACUAUGAGUACAUUUGGGAACUUAGAAAGCACAGCAGAGUGGCUUGAAUCUCUCUUUGUUAUCAUUGUCUUAACUACUGGAUUGCUUCUUGUCACUAUGUUAAUUGGUAACAUCAAGGUGUUCUUGCAUGCAACAACAUCAAAGAAGCAAGCAAUGCAGCUUAGAAUGAGAAAUAUAGAAUGGUGGAUGAAAAGGAGGAAAUUGCCUUAUAAGUUGAAGCAAAGGGUUCGUAUCUACGAAUGGCAACGCUGGGCUGCCACGCGAGGGGUUGAUGAAUGUGAGAUGAUACGAAAUCUUCCUGAAGGCCUUAGGAGGGAUAUCAAGUACCAUCUUUGCCUAGAUUUAGUUAAACAGGUGCCGUUAUUCCAGCAUAUGGACGAUCUAGUUUUAGAGAACAUAUGUGACCGCGUCAAGUCCCUUGUAUUCACCAAGGGAGAGACGAUAACCAAAGAAGGUGAUCCAGUUCAGAGAAUGCUAUUUAUAGUCCGAGGCCAUCUACAAAGCAGCCAAUUCCUGAGAGACGGAGUAAAAAGUUGUUGUAUGUUAGGUCCUGGUAACUUCAGUGGAGACGAGUUAUUAUCAUGGUGCCUAAGAAGACCAUUUAUUGAACGAUUACCGCCUUCAUCAUCCACUUUAGUGACCCUUGAAACAACAGAAGCCUUUGGUUUAGAAGCACAAGAUGUUAAGUACGUAACUCAACAUUUUCGGUACACAUUUGUAAACGAAAAGGUUAAAAGGAGCGCGAGGUAUUACUCCCCCGGUUGGAGGACUUGGGCUGCUGUCGCCAUUCAGUUGGCUUGGCGAAGGUAUAAACAUCGUUUGACACUUACUUCACUGUCUUUUAUUAGGCCUAGAAGGCCAUUGUCCCGGAGUUCUUCACUCGGGGAAGACAGAUUGAGGCUUUAUACCGCGCUUUUGACAUCUCCUAAACCAAAUCAGGAUGAUUUCGAGUUCUAAUUUGGGAAUUCGGAAGAUAAUGUUCCGUACAAAAGAACAAUAAUCUUUGUCUAGGGUAAUUUUAUUGUAACCAUAUAUGUAUAUAUAAAUAUAUAUAAUGACAUCCAUGUUUUUGUUCGUAUAUA